CAGAGCAGGAGAGGAAAGGGUGUGGAUUUAGAGAAACAACCCGAUCAGCGAUUCACUGAGUUUUGAUAGAAAUUGUGCAGAAAUAAAGGGAAAACAAUUAACUCCAGGCCAAUAGGACCGUAAACUAUAACUUUAAAACUAAAGCUAAUGCCGAUUCUGCAGCUCGGUAGCAGUUGCUCAAUCUUAAAUAGCUAAACAACUUUAGUCUAAUAUUUUUUCCCAGAACCAGGACAACAGUAAGCAGUUGAUGUUGCUUUGUAUUUAGUCAAAGCUCGACAAGACUGAAAGGAGAGGAAGGGAGUUAAAUCCCACCACAUUGAAACAUUAACGGCUGGAACGUGCAUACUCGCGAGUUCGAUUACUGAACCCAUUGCACAGCCGGCAUGCCAGGGCACGCAGACAGCGAGGCAGAGUCUGCAGUUGUGAUACUCGAAUACUGUCCAUACAGAUCAAUUAUACACACAUGACACUAGGGUAAAGUUGAAAGAUUACCUUUAUUUGUUACAUGGGUAUUAACAAUUCAAAAAAAUCAUGCUGUUUCGCGCCAACGUCAAACAGAGUCUGACAACGUGCUGGGGGCAGCCUGCAAGUAGUGGUCUCAACCAUUAACCCUUACGUCUUCGGAAUGAACCCAGGGCACCCACGCGGUCACGGGGAGAACGUGCGAACUCUUCACGGGCAGCGGCAGGAAUUGAAACCCCUAUCGCGACAUACAGCAUCCUACUGUGUCACCCUGCAGGAAGUCCAAGUUAACACUGUAACCGCUGUGAAACUGAAGUGUGGUUUUUCUCAGAGUCAUAGAGUGGAGAUCGAAAAGAGUGGAACAAAGAUCAGAACAAUUGCACUCAGUGGCCACUUCAUUUGUGACACCCCUAAGCGCAGACUGAAGCUAUCGCCUGAGUAUGGGAAUCCAAGCCCUGAGGCCUUGCUCGUUGCUAUGGAGACCAAGACUCCCACAGGUCGAUCACCCAGCUCACCACACAGACUGGACACCCAGAGAAGAAGCAACAGCUGGACUCCAACAAGACAGACAACCCCUAGGCCGAUGAGGCUUCUGGAUAAAAUGCGGAUGAACUCAGAAGGACGCUUGUGUCAACUGGAAAAGGAAAAUGACUAUGGCCAUGAGCAAUCAAGAACUGCUCUCACAACACCUCCAGAUCAGAGUGGCAGCAAGCGUGGUGAAUUGGCAGAAGGACUUCAAACCCCGGCUCAGAAGAAAAGGAAAAGUGGAUUCCACAGAAACUUUGAGGACAGACAGGCUUGUAAUACCCGACGCUUGUUCUGCUCCCAGGAAAUUGACACCGAAAUAUUUCCAGAUUCAGAUGGAAAGGAAGUCAUCGGAGAUACCCAAACCUGUCUUUUGCCCACGGUGGAGGGGAGGCAUCAGGACCUGAGAUAUAUUACUGCCCAGUCAGCAGCAGCUUUGCUCGUUGGGGACUUUGAUCAUCUUGUUGAUGGCUACGUGAUCGUGGAUUGUCGUUACCCUUAUGAAUACGAGGGGGGGCACAUUAAGGGAGCACUGAACUUGUACACCGAGGAGCAGCUCGUCAAUACAUUUUUCCCACACCAGCAGUCACCCCAGCCAGUGAGGAGGCGCAACGUCAUCAUCUUUCACUGCGAGUUCUCCUCCCAGCGAGGACCCAACGUCUGCCGGAGCCUGAGGAGGAUUGAUCGGAAUGUAAACCAGUAUCCCAGGCUCUGUUUUCCUGAACUUUACAUCCUGAAGGAUGGCUACAAGCAGUUCUUCCAGCAGUUUGAGACACUCUGCGAACCGCGGGGGUACGUUCAGAUGCACAGCCAGGAUUACAGGGAGGAGCUGCUCAGUGCACGCAGAAAGGCACGAUCGGUGUCCGGCCGCCGCAGGAACUGUUCAAAGCAGCUAACAGACGCUGAGGACAGGAAAAGGUUUCUACUCUGGACCAGUGCCCGAGGAACCCAGCAGCACCAGUGUUGACCUCUCGCGCAGCAGCUCCCUAUCACCCUGUUCGGCAUCUAUCCCUCGGUGCUUUUCAAAGUCCAAAGCAAAAAUGCUCCAUUUCAACCAGAAGAUCUAGUGCCCUAUUGAACAUUCCUGGAUCAGAUACAGUGUGGGUUAGAUACAGAGUGGACCUCCCUCUACACCGUCCCAUCACACACUCCCAGGACAGGGACAGCACGGGUUAGAUACAGAGUGGACCUCCCUCUACACCGUCCCAUCACACACUCCCAGGACAGGGACAGCAUGGGUUAGAUACAGAGUGAAUCUCCCUCUACACAGUCCCAUCACACACUCCCAGGACAGGGACAGCACGGGUUAGAUACAGAGUGAAGCUCCCCCUACACCGUCCCAUCACACACUCCCAGGACAGGGACAGCAUGGGUUAGAUACAGAGUGAAGCUCCCUCUACACAGUCCCAUCACACACUCCCAGGACAGGGACAGCACGGGUUAGAUACAGAGUGAAGCUCCCUCUACACAGUCCCAUCACACACUCCCAGGACAGGGACAGUACGGGUUAGAUACAGAGUGAAGCUCCCUCUACACUGUCCCAUCACACGCUUCCAGGACAGGGAUAGCACGGGUUAGAUACAGAGUGAAGCUCCCUCUACACUGUCCCAUCACACGCUCCCAGGACAGGGAUAGCACGGGUUAGAUACAGAGUGAAGCUCCCUCUACACUGUCCCAUCACACACUUCCAGGACAGGGACAGCACGGGUUAGAUACAGAGUGAACCUCCCUCUACGUUGUUCCUGAACCUCUUUUCACUCCUACUUUACUCCUAGAACUUGCUGAAAGCUCGAUCAAACAAACAGCCAAGAUAAGCCACCUACCCUCAUGGACCUUGCCCCACACCCCAAUCAUUCACUUUUAUUCCCUCGUCUAUCAAGCAGAAGAUACAAAAGCCUGAAAGCACAUACCACCAAAGGGUCCAGAGGAGGUUCACAAGAAUAAACCUGGGAAUGAAAGGGUUUAUGUAUGAGGAGGAAUUGAUGGCUCUGCCCCUGUACUCACUCAUUGGGCCUCUCUGAUUUCCCCAAUAGACUUACAGACCUGGGGGUUCAACCAUUGGGUCUCACCCUCCAGCUGACCUCCAGGCAUCCCUAUUGACCCCAGAACUUGCCAAUGGUGGGACCCCAGGCUCCAGACUUACUGAUGACAGGGCCUCAAACUCCAGGCCUUGAACUCUCGCAUUAGAUUUAGGGUUAGGGUUAGGCCCGUGUACUUAGAGGGUCACCAGCCCUCAAGCCUUCUGCACAUGCAAAAAGAGAGCAAAAAGGUAGUGAGGUAGUCUGCAUGGGUAGACAGAGGGUAAGAAGCUAUUCCUAAAACAUCGAGCGUGGGUCUUCAGAAGUACAUAACUCCUCUUUGAUGGUAGCAAUGAGAAGAAGGCAUGUCCUGGGUGAUGGGGGUCCUUAAUGAUGGAUGCCACUUUUCUGAGGCAUUGUGUUUUGAAAAUGUCCUUGGUGCUGGGAGGACUAGUGCCAUGAUGAAGCCGGCUGAGUUUACAACUUUCUGCAGCUUUUUCUGAUCCUGUGCUGUGACCCCUCCAUACCAGAUAGUGAUGCAGCCAGUUAGAAUGUUCUCAAUGGUACAUCUGUAGAAAUAUAUGAGCAUCUUUGGUGACAUACCAAGUCUCUUCAGACUCCUAAUGAAAUAGAGCCACUGUCAUGCCUUCUUUGUAAUUGCCAAGGAUAGAUCUAGGCAAUGUUGUUGGGCCCAGGAUAGAUCUUCAGAGAUGUUGACACCCAGGAUCUCGAAACUCCUUACCCUUUCUACUGCUGAUCCCUCAAUGAGGACUGGAGUGUGUUCCCUCAACUUCCCCUUCCUGAAGUCCACAGUCAAUUCCUUGGUUUUACUGAUGUUGAGUGCAAGGUUGUUCCUGCGACACUAAUCAACCAGCUGAUCUAUCUCACUCCUGCACGCCUCCUCGUCACCAUCUGAAAUUCUGUCAACAAGUUCUUCAGCAAGGACUCUCCCACCCCCACCAAUGACCCCUUAUAAAAUGAACAUUGACUUCUCUAACUUCCGCUAAUGCCCUUCCUCCCCUUCUUAUCCCAUCCCUGAUUUAUUUAUUCCCCCCCCCAUUUUUUUUAUCUCUUUCUCUACCCAUCACUCUUUGCCUGUUCUCCAUCUCCCUCUGGUGCUCCCCUCCCUCAUUCUUUCUCCCUAGGCCUCCUGUCCCAUGAUCCUUUCACUUCUCCAGCUCUGUAUCCCUUUUGCCAAUCACCUUUCCAGCUCUUGGCUUCACCCCACCCCCUCCAGUUUUCUCCUAUCAUUUCACAUUUCCUCCUCCCUCCUACUUUAAAAUCUCUUACUAUCUUUUACUUCAGUUAGUCCUGACGAGGGCCGAAACGUCGACAGUGCUUCUCCCUAUAGAUGAUGCCUGGCCUGCUGUGUUCCACCAGCAUUUUGUGUGUGUUGCUUGAAUUUCCAGCAUCUGCAGAUUUCCUCGUGUUUGCUUCUGUCAACAAUAGUUGUGUUAUCAGCAGAUUUCUAGAUAGCCUUUAGGUCGUGUCUGGGCACACAGAGAGUAGAGCAGUGGGCUAAGCACACAUCCUAGAAGUACACCAGUGCCCAUUGUCAGAGGGGCCCAGGUAUUGGUUACCCACUGAUCUGGGGGGACAUAUAAUGAAAGAACACUUACUAAAAGUGGCACAUGAGAGGAAACUAUUUCUUCUAUUCCUUGGAACAACUUAUGUAAGUACAUCAGAAUCCUGAAUUUAAUAACUUCAUGGGAGCUUAUCGUUAUGUAUGGUGUCCAUGUCAGACAUUUGGGGACAAGAGUACAAAGAUAACAUGUCUGUCUGAGAUGUGAUGGGUGUGGGAAACUUUUACACUUCACAAUUUUUUGGGAAAUCGCUAAACAAUAUUAUACUGAAAUAUUUAAUACAAUUGAAUCAUUAUUAAUAUCUACUUAAUAUAAAUUAAAGCUGUGCAAUAUUUGUUUAUGGGAUGGUUAAACAUGGGUAUUUGUACUGUUGUGAUGUUAAUGAUGGCUGACCGAUGUUUGCCAAGCCUGGGAUCCAACAAUCUGUAUUUCUGCACAGACUAUUUAUAAUUGAAAGAAUUAUUAAAACAUUCCUUAUCCUAACUACAUUUACAUUUUGAGUGUUAAUGUGUACUGUAAUCGUACUACAAAGGCAGCUUGAUGGUGACGUAGUUAGCGUAAUGCUGUUACAUUCUGGGUUCCACUGCUGCCAUUGAGUUUGCACGUU